UCGCGACUAAUGAAAGUCACAUGACCACGAAGAAGAUGGCUUUUCACAAAUCAAGAUGUCAGCAUAUUUUAAGCUAUGCUUUUCUUUUAUAUAUCACAUUUUCACAGACAUUGGCGCAGGCGCCUAAUGGCCUAACGGUAUCAACGCACGAUAUCACUGUCCUAGUUAAUAAAACCGAAACAUUUGAUGUUAUUGUAAGAGACCCAUUCACCCAAGAUUUUAAUAUCAAACUGAAAAAACAACAUGAUAAUUCUGUACAUUUGGAUCCGAUGGAAUUCAGUGUCAGUGCUGGCAGUGAUAAGAGUCAAACGGUUGUUAUACAUGGUCUUAAGCCAGGAAAUUUGGAAAUAACGGCGGAAAGUGAACCCAAUGAGACAUGGGUUACUGAAGAUGUUUUCGUUCGUGUUACUGUGGCCAAUUCCGAGGCAAUUAUUUACACAUCAUUGGUAUUCGGUUGGAUAUACUUUGUGGCAUGGUCUGUAUCAUUUUAUCCACAAAUCUGGACCAAUUUCAAGAGAAAAUCUGUUGUUGGGCUGAAUUUUGAUUUUAUUGCAUUGAAUAUUGUCGGUUUCUCGCUGUAUUCAAUAUUCAAUUGUGGCCUAUAUUGGAUUCCGGAAAUUCAAGCGGAAUAUUUCCAGCGUCAUCCACGUGGUUUGAAUCCGGUCAUGUUGAACGAUGUUGUGUUCUCAUUGCAUGCCAUGUUUGCCACCUGUAUUACCAUAUAUCAGUGUUUCGUCUAUGAGCGUGGAGAUCAGCGAAUUUCUCGCGUUGCAACUGGUCUCUUGAGUUUGUUUGCUGUUGUUGUUAUUGUAUGUGCAGGUUUGGCGGCUGGAAAUGUUUUCCAUUGGUUGGAUUUCAUGUACUACUGUAGUUAUAUUAAGCUGACAAUCACUAUUAUUAAAUAUGUACCUCAGGCUCUCAUGAAUUAUCGCCGCAAAUCAACGGUUGGCUGGAGCAUUGGUAAUGUGUUAUUGGAUUUCACCGGCGGUGUACUGAGUAUGCUGCAAAUGAUACUUAAUGCCUAUAAUUAUGAUGAUUGGGUAUCAAUAUUUGGAGAUCCAACCAAAUUUGGCUUGGGUCUGUUCUCAGUAUUAUUCGAUGUAUUCUUUAUGUUGCAACAUUACGUAUUUUAUAGGCAUUCCGCUGACAUUACAAAAUCAAAUGAAACCGUGGAGUCUGUGGUCGCAACCUCAGCCACACCCAACAUUAAGGAUUCUAAGAUAUCCGUUAUUGAACAAAAUGCAGCUUAA